AUGAAGCUUACAGUCACUAAGGGUGCGCCUUUGCCAUUUUCUAUUGAGAUUUUGCUGCCUCAAUACAUGUAUGGAAGCAAGCCAUUUAUCAAGUAUCCUGACAAUAUCCCAGACUACAUCAAGUUGUCAUUUCCUGAAGGAAUCACAUGGGAAAGAACCAUGACCUUCGAAGAUGGUGCAGUGUGCACUGCCUCAAACGACUCCAGGUAAUCGAAACUAAAUUUGAAUAAUUUGAAUUAUUCAAAUAAUUGUUAAAACAAUUAUUGGAUGAGUAUCAUCUGAAGAAUUAUGAAGAUCGAGGGCGGUGUUAUCCAUCAGCCGAGGCGAAAAGUUCUUUAGGUGAUUCGAAAGCCGAAUUCAAUGAUUAUUUUAUUAUUCAUUCAAAAUAAUUCCCAGUUUAAACACAAGCUAAAACAUGCUUACCUUCAUCAAUGCUAAGUUCAUCUUUAAUUGCCUGUUCAUCGGCAAGUUUAGGAGAUUAAGGGUUAUUCAGUACUGCAAAUAUUCUCCAAAUAGCACAUGUCGUCUGUCGAGUUGUCUUCUUGCUGUUCUUGCUAUGUUUUUAGCCAGUAGUUCGCCUAUUUCUUCCCCGUUAAACGAGUCAGUGAAAUGUUCUGCCAUUUUGUACUCGGUAAGCACUUGUUUCCAUAUCUCAAACCUCCCUCUCCCUUUUCACUUACACUUACAUGAAAUGUCUAAGUUUUUUGACUCAGAGACUUAAUUUCUACUCAACAAAUGUCGUCAAAGUGCAAGUCUCUUCAAAUUUAAAAGAAAAAAAAAAUUGCGAAUCACGAGCAGGAAUCGAUCCCUGAGUGCUAAAUCUGUAGUCUCAUGCCCUAACCACCAGACCACCGAGAAGUCGUUGCAGGAACUUGGAGUAAUUUAACUAUACUGUAGCGAAAACCCUAACCCUAAAUAAAAGCUAACCGUUAACCCUAAUCACUAUUCUAAGUGUUUAACCCUAUUCAGUAUGGUCAGUGCUUAACCUAAAUCAGUAUUAUUAGUGCUUAACCCUAAUCACUAUAGUCAGGGCUCACUCAUAUAUGUAUACAUAUAUGCAAUUACUUUGUGUAGGCAUCACAAGGUAUCCAAGGGCGGUUUGAGAUAUGCAAACUACCGUUUACCGUUUUGGUUACCAAAACAACUCGGUUAAAUGUUCAGUUUUCUGGCAAGUAUGCUGCACAGUUUACGUCAUUUUUCACAUAUCGCAAAAUUCUUCCAAAUUUGGUGCACAGUAGCUGGUUAUGAUGAAUUAUGCCUGGGAUUUUAGCCAAUCAGAAACGAAGAAAUGUUUUGAAGUAAUAUAUCAAAUAUGAGAUGCAGUGUUUCAUCACCAGAUGAAAAACCGAGAAGAGAGUUGAAAAUACGACGCGCAGCGGAGUAUUUUUGACGAACUUCGAGGUGUUUCAUCUGGUGAUGAAACACUGUAUCGAAUGUUUGAUAUUUCUUCUCAAACAAAAUCAUUUUUGAAGGAGAAAUUAAGGAUGCAAAUACUAAGCAGUGUUUCAUCCGAUUUCCAAACACUCAUUAAACAUUAAUUUCCUUUGUAUUUUCUUAAUGAAUUAUUAAUGAGUUUGAGAAUGAAUAAUAACAAAAAUUAUUGGAACACAACAGUAGAUAUUACCUAUUACCUGAUCCACGUUGCUAAGGAGUAGCUAACUAGGGUUGGUUAUCAACCCUUGUUCAUUAUAACUGCAAAAAAAAAUUUUCUAGCCCUGUCAGACAACAGAUGUAGAUGUCCAAUAUUUCAACCACUGUGAAUGAACCAAUUAUGUUGACGAAAACACUAGGUCUUCUGUCAGUACAUAGUGGUGCAGAUAUAUGCAAUACAUGUGGUCUGGAAAUCGUCCAGUACUUUUCACCUCUCGAGACUUGCGAAAUAACUUUGAAUAAAAUGUCUUUUUUAUGAAAAAAAGACUCGUUGGCAACUGUUUCAUCUACGAUGUCAAGUUUCAAGGUGUUAACUUUCCCCGAGAUGGACCUGUUAUGCAGAAGAAGACAAAAGGCUGGGAACCGUCUACUGAGAGACUGUAUGAGUGGGAUGGGUGUCAGAGAGGAGAUGUCGACAUGGCCUUGAAGUUGGAGGACGGUGGCCAUUAUACGGUCAACUUCAAAACUACUUACAAGUAAGUUAUUUACCCCUGCGCCUUCACAAUUGCAAUAUAAGCAAAGCGAGACAUUUUUAAAAUUUACUUUUGUCUUAACCCUUCAAGAAUGAUAUCCAUAAUUUGUCAAGAGACUAGGUUAUGAGAAUUAAUAAAAUGAUCAACAAUGGGAAAAUGCCUUGAUCUUUUACAAGAUUCUCUCAACACAUUCUUUAUGGAAAUGUAUAGAGAUUAGUUUGGAGAAUUUGUAUGUGGAUAUUGGGACUUCAAGGGUUAAACUGUAAAACAAAUAGCCACUACUACGCAAUAGUGCUUUUCGCCUUUCAUGAUAGCUUGUGAUUUUGCACAAUCGUGCUUCUCAUAUUCACGUGGUUUUUUCCGACUCAAACACGUAAAAAACUCAGAAUCAGCUCGUACAGCAUAAUAAACAAUAAGACCACAAGGGAAAAAUAAAUGUACAAAUGGUUGUUUUAAGUGGUCACUACACAGCAUUUCUUCCACAGAGCCAAACGUUAGAACCUCGUUGAAAAGCAUUUUAUAAACAGUACCACAAGAAAGUACUGCUUAGUAGCUUUCAGGUCUUACCAUACGAUUUUAUCCACAGACUCGAAAGCACGUUCAGUCAGAACGAACCAACUGUGGUACAACAUAAUAAAUAGUACCACAGGAAAGUACGUAUAUACCGGCCAAGAGGAUCCAAUUGAAUGAAGACAUGCACUUUUUAGGAUUUCGUCCAAGAACUUAGACGCACGUAGCCAUGUCGCAACGCCGUUCCUCAGGGCUGUGCAUAAUGCACCCGCCCGAUAACGCCGUUCUAAUACUGAGAAGGGGAUUUACGGAGCAAGUUUAUAACUAAGAUUUAAAACAAGAAUAAGAAAUAGUAGAAGUAACUCCAUACAAGUAGGCUACUCCUGAGCCAAGCUAGUUGAGAGUUUGCCAAUUUAUUAUCGCGAUAGCUUUUCAUAUUGCUCGUCCUAACCAGUAUUUGAGAGCAUGGAACAGGCUAAAAUUCUCAUAAAGGCCGUUUAAUAUAACUGUACGAGAUUAAAACGACAAUGAACCGUUCUGUAAAAAUUGAACAGUUUGGCCAAAACAAGGCUUAAAUAUCCGAUUUCCUGAUAAUCAACACCAAACUACAAUUAAAACAAGCGAACAAACAUGAAGAGAAAAAGAGAAAACUGAUGGAAGAAGAAGCCGGUAAAACAUGGGCACCCAACGACAAUUUUUGGAAAAUAUCUGUUCGGAAGACGAUUUGAGAUCUAGAAUUUUCGGAACAUUAGUUGUAAAAAUUCUUGCCUGCCUGCUUCUCCUAGGAUUUGAGAACAUCUAAAAAUGGUAUAAUUGCCCAUUUUUAACGACUUUUUUCCUUGGAAAAGUCACGUAGAAUUUUCGGGAGCCUUUUUUCUGGCUGAAAUUUUCGAAAAGGUAGACUUUCAGCUACGAAAUCCGAACAGAUGAAAAAUUUUGGGGGGAUAAAAAUAUGUCUAUAUCUUCCGUUUAAAUACUAAAAUACGGUCAACAAUGCUAUGUUUAAGUGGUUUUGAACUAUAUUCUCGUUGGGUGCCCCUGGUAAAAGAAAAAAUAAUUGUUGUCUCAGUGUUUAUAAUGAUCAUUCCCGAGACAAGACAAAGGGCAAUAACCGAAAAUGAACGUGGAAGAGUAUUAAGGUAGACGUUUAUCAACGAGACAAAUUUUGUGGCUUGAUUUAUUUGCAUGGCAUUUUGAUCGAUUGUUAGUCAGCGUCUAUUUUCAACCUAACAUUAAUUGUUUGUUUGUUUUUUGCAGAUCAAAGAAGAAAGACUUGAAGGUGCCACCGUAUCACUUCGUUGACCACAAACUAGAGCUACUGAGCCACAACAUCGUUGGCACCAAAGAAGACUUUGAGCAAAAAGAAACUGCUCAUGCACAUCUUUCUAGCCUCAACUCCCUUAAUCAGUAA